AUAAUGCUCCACACGUUUGUACAGAAAUGUACUGUGAUGUGUCUGUAUUGUAAAUGUCUUUAGACGUUGUGUUAAUUGUAUGUGCUUUGGCAACACUAUAAUUCAGUGCUCAUGCCGAUAAAGCUUGUUGAAUUGAACCGAGCUGAAUCAGGGUGCGCUGCACCCUCCAGCCAGCAGGGGGCACCGUGCUCUGCGGCGGCGGCCAGCCAGGCGGUCGUGUCCCUGCAGGACAGAGCAGUAAAGAUGGAGCCGGGGAUCACCUUCAUCCCGCAGCUGGCGGAGGCGCUGGCGCAGCAGAGUCACUCUCACUCGAGCUCCGUAGCGGGAGCCGAGGCCCAUAAAAACACACAAAACACCAAUAUUGCCCAGAGCCGAGUGGCCCCUCCCGAUUCCCCCUCGGGGUCUCCAGGCACGGAGCCACACAGGACAGCUCCACAUCCGUGUCUGGGAAGGCCAGGGAGAGGAGAGCAGAGGGUCCCGGCAUGCCAUUUUUGCCUCCCGAGUUUUCGAUGUUUAACAUGCGGAGACACAGCCGGUGCUCCUGCAGUCGAUUUGAGUGAGCUCUGCACAGACACGUUCUGUAAGGUCUGUGGGGCAGUUCUGCAGUACGAAUCUCAGCGCAUCUCACACUACGAGGUAGUGAACAUAGUUCAAGCAGCAGUGCACACACACACAGUUCUAUAUUUUCUGCUUGCAUGUUUUCUGUGCCUGAAGUCCUGUUUCUCUCACUCAGCGGGAGGGGGAACCUUCGUCUGCCCUGUCUGCAGCGUGACUCUCAGCUCGGCGGAGAUGUACCAGGCCCACAUGCGGGGAAACAAGCACCAGAAUCAGGAGCCGGGGGCGGCCGCGCCUGGUGUCAGGGGCUGCGCUCCCAGGAGCCGUCCGCUCCGGCCCGGCCCGGGGCCACAGCGCCGUGGGCCACCCUGGGGUCCCCGCUGCCGUCCUCCUCUCCUGGGACAGAGCCAAUUUGGGCCAAGGGGUCCUGAGGGGCCUCCAUGGGCCCCUGCGUUCCCAUCUGAGAGCUGGGACCCCCAGUUUGAAGAGCGACUGAAUCCUCUCCUCCCCACGCCCCUUGCGGGCGAUCGGGGGUGCCCCCCACACAGAGCACGGGCUCAGCUCCGGGAGAGCAGCCAAGAGCUGUCCAGCCCCGGGUCCGAGGAGGAGUCCAGCGGCAGCUCCAGCAGGGCAGAGAGCAGCAGGAGGAGGAAGAGGAAGAGGGAGAGGAGGGCGAGGGGGGGCUCGGACCCGGGGGAGGAGGAGGAGGAGACCAGGCACAAGAGGAGGAAGAGACAGGAGCUGGCGAAGCAGGAUCGGCAGAGGCCGGAGAAGAGCCGGGAGGAGGGAGAGGAGAGGCCGAGCCAGGGGCCGAAGGAGGAGAAGCACAGGCAGAAGAAAUGGAAACACCGGAAGGAGAAGAGGGAGAAGAAGGAGGAGGUGGACAGCAGAACAGAGGAGGAGAAGCUCUGGGACGAGUCCAUCCUGGGGCUGAUGUGAAGGGCCGCCUCAGGCUACCCGCAGGGGUCCGAAGAGUCACGCAGAUCGAUGCCCCUGCGGUACACUACAGCCUGAGGGGUGCACAGAGGGGCCCGGGCUGGUCAGAGGUCUGCUUGUUCUUUAUCACUCUGAAAUGAGGAAUAAUUUAGCAGCUGUUUUCAUCCAAAGUGACUUACAGAGACUAUGGGGGACUGUCUAUCAACAAGUGCUGCUGCAGAUUUUAAGUCCACAGGAAGAAGCAUGACGAAACUCAACUAGAAUCCAGCAUGGUGUUGUGAGAAAAAUUAAGACUAAGGGGACACAAAUCAAGGUCAUAACUUUGAUGACCCCGCGAAGACCUUAGCUUUUACUAUGUUCUUAAGCUUCUCAUGUGCAAAAUACCCAACCGGUUCUCCACAUGCCACCUCUCCAGGGCUCCAGAUUGUGCUCCUCUUUCGUCUGUAGACUGUGGCCGGUCAGCAACACUGGUUUCAAAGCCCUGUGAACACUAUGGCCUCCGAGCUUCGCAUUGUUGUCCUGGAGUGAAGUUCGCUGGUGCCCAAGCCUGAGUGUUCUGACAGAAGGUGCAGGGGUUUGGCUGAAAUACACGGUAAACUUUGGAAUGUUUCCGGCCCUGGGUUCGAGCUUGGACACCAGGACCAGAGCUGGUCCAUCUCUGUUCUUCCAGGAGGGAGCUAGUCUAUCUCAACAGGAGGAGCUUCGCCCUGCUGUGCCCCUCGUGCAGCUCAGCCUGCGCUUCAUCCAGACACUCCACCAGCUCCUGGGACCCCGAGGGGCCACUGCCGUGCUCUUCCAGGGGUCUCUGUGGUCUCACUGACACCAAACACACGUGGUCAGUUUCUCCCAGACUCCCAGCUGCUGUCCCUGGUGUGAGUGAUCCUGGUGUCCUCUUCCAGGGGGGAUAGGAACCAUCCCACUAGCUGUCGGCGUGUUGAUGGUGGAAACUGCGCUGUCCUGCGGACUUUGUGCGGCUGUUGCUAGUCUUGAGGUCUAGGAAGUGGCACUGAAUGUUCUGCUUGUGUGUUCUGCCUCCUUUUAUACUCAGAGGCCAUCAGGGUGACUUCCUGGAGCUUCCCCUGGCCCUGGGAAACGACCAGGCAGCUACAAACCAUCACUGCAAGGGGACCGAAUGUCCUGAAUUUGCCAACGUUCAGUGUGUUCAGGGUAUGACUGACUGUGAACACUACGUAUUUUGAAAUGUAUUUUUGUAAUAAUAUACUCGUCGGCGUAACUCCACCCUCACUUCUGGAUAUCUGUAAUGGAGAAUAAUUUAAUUUUUUGGUGUUUGUGGAGUAGAAGACUCCUUCUUUCCUGUGCUGUGCUGUGAUUGUAUUUUGGGUUAUUAGUUAUUGUUCAAUUUUGUUGUAAAUAUGUCUCGACCGUAUGGAUAAUAUACAGCGCCUUAACGUGUUUGAAUUCUUCAUGUUACCUGCUCAAUUCUCAACAUGCUAGUCUGAUGUGAAAACAUAUUUUCUUACAAACUGUAUUUUUUCUCCUUUUUAGGAGUUUUAGUUUUUAUAAUACACUGUAUGUGAACUAGAGGCACAGGGUUAAGACUUAAGAAGCAGCUGUCAAAGCUCUGAUAAUCGUCUCCACCCAGACAGCAGUGCAUGUGUGGAGCUCACAGACUGACCACAGCUGCCUCUGGCCAGGGAAUCCCCUGUGGGCAUCAGGGUAGACCUGACCUGUAUACGUGUGGUCAGUCACAGAGUGACCACAGUUCUGAUACAGUGGAGUGAAAAAAAUUGUAACAACUGUGUUAUAGUUGUUGUUUGGAUCUUUAAUUUAAAUUAACAACAAUAAUUGUGGGUAAGAUGAUAUUGAUUUUGGUUGUUUUUCUGGAUUUGCAUAUCUUUAUAUACGUUAUAGAGACUUAAUAAAAUACCGACCCAUUUUGAAUGA